CGGGAUCCCACAUGCUGUUGUGCUCUCCGGCCAGCCUCACUUCACCCCUCACAUUCUUCCACGAUUUGCGCUAUACUCAUUCAUGUCACCCAUACUAUUCGCCCUCAGCGACUGAUGACAUAGAUCUCCUCAAUCACACAAGAUGGCCGACAAGCCGGAACAGAUAAUAGAGACUGCUCCCGAUCCCGAGGAGGACGACUUGAGCGAUCUCGACGGUACCACCUCCUCCCUUCUGUCCCUUCCCUCCAACAAUCCCACUGGCUAACAAACCCCUCAGAUGUCCUCGACGAAUUCAACCCCAAACCAAUCCUCCCCUCCUCCCCUAAGCCCACCGCCUCAGGCCCCGGCAGACCCGCAGCAGCACCCCCCAACCCCGCCACCGCAACAACCACCAAAUCCGCCCCCGAAGUCGCACUCGAAGAUGCAGCGCCGGCAGCAAGCGAAGAAGACUUCGCCGCGCAGCUGCAAGCCGGCAUGUCGAACCUCAUCUCCGAACUCGGCGAGAACCCGGAAAUGCAAAAGCAGUUUGAAGCGAUGAUGGCGGAGCUCAUGAACGCCGGCGCAGCAGGGACGGACGCGCAGGCAGCGGAGCACGUAAAGCGCGCGAGCGAAAGCAUGCCCAAAGAGGCGGAGAGUGGGAGUAGCAGAGGGGUGGCAGGGACAGGGACUAGCAAAAAAGAAGACCGCUUCCAAGACAGCAUCCGCAAGACGAUGGAGCGCAUGCAGCAAUCCGACACCGCGGCCUCGACGUCCGCGACGGCGGCGAAGAGCGAGGAGGAGAUGCUGAUGGAGAUGCUGAAGAGCCUGGGCGGCGGCGAGGGUGGGCUAGACGAGGGUGGCGAGGAGGACUUCAAUUCCAUGCUGCUGAAUAUGAUGACACAGCUGACGAACAAGGAGAUUUUGUAUGAGCCGAUGAAGGAGCUGCAUGAUAAGUUCCCCGCGUGGAUGGAGAAGAAUGCGGCGGGCACGAAGGGGGAGGAUCUUGCGCGGUAUCGCGAACAGCAGCAGUUGGUCGAGGAGAUUGUCGCGCGGUUUGAGAGGAAGGGAUAUAGUGAUGACAACGAGGAGGAUCGGGAGUAUAUUGUCGAGAGGAUGCAGAAGAUGCAAGCGGCAGGAUCACCGCCACCGGAUCUCGUGGGGGAUAUGAGCGCUGCACAGGAAGCCUUGGGCGAUCUCGAUGCCGGCUGUCCGACUCAAUAACGUUGUCAACGCAUAGAGAGGGUGAUGCAAGAAACGCGCAU